GAGCCGGGCGCGGACAGGCAAGGAGUAAGCGCCGGUACUGUUGCCGAGAGGCACGCGGUGACGGCCGGGGCGGAGCGGUCUCGCUGCCGUGACAAGGCGCCGCCUGAGGCAGAGUCGGUGAAAAGCAUAAGUUUUGCUGCCACAGCUCUUAGAAGAUCAUAUGAUGUGAGAAGAGUUGAAAUCACUCCCCUGGAACAGAGGAAGGUAACUUUUGAUACCCAUGCCUUAGUGCAGGAUCUGGAAGCCCAUGGCUUUGGGAAAGAACAAGCAGAGACCAUUGUAUCAGCACUAAUAACUCUGUCAAAUGUCAGCUUAGACACAGUCUACAAGGAUAUGGUGACCCAAGCUCAGCAGGAAAUAACUUUACAGCAGAUAAUGGCACAUUUAGACUCUAUUCGAAAAGAUAUGGUCAUCCUGGAGAAAAGUGAAUUUGCAAACUUGAGAGCAGAGAAUGAGAAAAUGAAAAUUGAAUUAGAUCAAGUUAAACAACAGCUAAUGAAUGAAACAGGUAAAAUCCGAGCUGACAGCAAGCUAGAUAUAAACUUGGAAAGAAGCAGAGUGACAGAUAUGUUUACAGAUCAAGAGAAGAAACUCAUGGAAGCAACUACAGAGUUUCAUAAGAAAGAUUCAAGUACCAACAGUGUUAUCUCAGAAAUCAGUAAUAAAAUUGACACUGAAAUAGCUUCCUUAAAAACACUUAUGGAAUCUAAUAAACUGGAUACAAUACGUUAUUUGGCAGCUUCGGUAUUCACUUGCCUAGCAAUAGCACUUGGAUUUUAUAGAUUCUGGAAAUAGAUCUAAAUGGAAUGACUACAUCAAAUAGAGAUGGAGAAAAGGCCACCACGCAACAUUUGCUAGACCAUCAUGUUUCAGCUGUAGAUAAUCUUGGUACCCUUUUUUUUAUAUAUAUUCUUGUUGUACAUAAAAAGUUUUCUGAAUAGUUAACACCAAAGAUCAAAAUAUUUGUAGGAGGAGGGUAAGUAAAUACACAGUGAUUAUUCUUUGUCCCUUAUUCAAUAAUUUAUUUACCUCAGUGGACUUUCUACAUUAAGUCAGAAAGUGUUUCCUAAGAAGUUUCAGAAUUAAUUUUGUUUUGUCUUUCAGAACAUUCUCUAUGCCCUCAGCUCCUCUCAAAAGGGAAACAGUAAACAUUUGAUAUGCCUAUGAAAAUAUGGGAAUACUAAUGCCAGAUUGCAGCAGAUCUACUCUGAUCCAAGCAGAGUACCCUAAUUUUAAAAAUAGGGGCUGGAUGUUUCUUCAAUCUGUUGCUCUUUUCUGAUGGAUUGAAGCAUGGCCCAUUGGUAAUAAAUAUAAACACACACUCCCAGGCUUUUCCUGAAGAUUUCUCUUUCUUCAAAAGUGGUUUACAUAGAUAUAAAAUCUCAUUUAAAACUAAGAUGUCCCCAUACAUUUUUUUAAUACCUUUUACCCAUACCUUCAGAGGCCAACAGAAUAAGGGGAACUAUUCUUUCCAAAGGGAGAUGCUCUCACAGUGUAGAGCCUUGGGCAGAAAAAUGUUCAUAACUCCUCCCUUCAGGUAAUACAGGGUGUUUCCAAUAAACCCUCCUGUAUCUUCUGAGUAUAGGAUCUAACUUCUAAUGUGACUAUAUUCAGCAUCUCAAAUAAAGUUGCUAGUGUGGUGGUGGUCCUUCUCCUCCCUGUCUCCCCACUUCUCUGGAGUGUUCUGUAAUCCCAUGGAAAAGAAUGGGACACACUGACUUCUAAACUAACCUGAUCAUGAUCCCCCUACCUUCUGCAAGUACUUUAUGACUUUGAUUGCCAAGAUGGAACAUAAUGGGGGAUAUCUUUCAAAACUGAAGCACUCACACUUUGCUGAGUACAAAUGCCUACGCUUAGUUUAAGUCUUUAAUUAAAUUCAAGUUCUUCCUGGAUUAAACUUUUAAGUAAGAGUAGGCCUUAAUGGGCUAGAGAGUAUAAAAAUUUGGAUAGUGACAAUUUUUUUUCUAUAGCAGUUUUAUUCUCUCUAUAUUGAAUUUGCUGGUACCUUGCAAAUUCUUGUAUUCUGUGCAUGAGAUUAUGUAUUUAAACAUUUUUAUUUAAGAAAAUAAAAUGAAUUUGUUACA